AUGUCGCUCAAGUCCUCUGACUGGAGUGCUCUUCUGUCUGCUCGGAAAUCCUUCGUCCUACCCAAGUCAGCCAUGUCAAACCAAAAAGACCCACCCACCGAAGCCGUCCCUCUACUGUCAGACGCAGAAACCGCCUUUCCCGAUGGAAGAAGAUACACUCUAGACUCACCCCUCCGCCCAGAGCCCGCGAUAUCCAGAUAUGUCGGCAGGAUAUCAAAGAUCAAGCUCCAGCUAGACAAGAUUCGUCAUCGAUCUACCAUCGACGAAGAAAAAAAGGAUGGUGUGGCGGUGGGAGGCCGCAAACAAAGAGACUACCAGAUCAUUCGCAAGGAGUGGAUGGUUGUCCAAAAGGGCCUUGCGAAAAGUGGUGCGUUUGAGCCGUUUGAAGAACCGGUUCUAGAGGCGUUGGAUGAGGUGUUUGGGAAAUGGGCGCAGCGAAAAGAUGCCGCACUCGACAUUCUCCACACGUCCAGCCUCGCACAGUUGUUGGAUCAAGACAAUCGACCUACCUUCGUUCUCAACAUGGAUGAUUACGCGAAAGGAAGCGGUGUGCCGAUUCAGCCCAUACUUUGCAAUGCGGCCCUGAUGGAGCAAGAGCAACUGCUAAGCAAGAUCACAAAUGCUCCGCCAGGUGAACCCGACUCUAGAAAUGGCGGGGCGACACACGAAGAGUUCCGGAUCUGGGCCACUGUGAUUAGCAGGUUCGAAGACUCUAGAGACAUUUUCCCGAUUACGAUAGAGUAUCAAAAUUUGAUUUGGUUGGGAAUCUGUAUCCAUCCCAAUUGGAGGAUAAUUAGCGCCCACGCGAUCUUUCACAACAAGGACAUUCCACAAGGAGAUCCGCUAUCUGCAUCUGCACCGCGACUUGAGAGAGAAGGAAAUGGUGAACUUACGAAUGAUAUGAGGAAAGCACUGGCUUCUGCGGAGGCGAUACCGACGCAUGAGAUCAUCAAAGAUGUGCAACAGCCUAAAUUCCCACCUGUAUCUCUUGGGUUGUCUCUCGGCCAGGGUUCCAAAAAUGCUCGCUCUUACAGCAUCUCAUCAGUAACGUUGUCGACACCAGAUUCUACUGUGCCAGACUGGACAGUCCCACAUCCUAGAGGCGUUCUAUCAGAGCAUCUCCAAUUCGUGAGAAGUAUCGACUGGUCCAAGACACCUCUGGGCGCUAUGAACAGAUGGUCGAUUCAAUUUCGAGAGAUUGUUUGUUUGGUCAUGCGCAAUCCUCACCCUUCGUCUGUCUUCUGGGGUGAGGAUCUCACCAUGCUCUACAACGAAGCCUACCGAGAUGAUGUAACUGGAGACAAGCAUCCUGCUCUGAUGGGUACUGGUUUCUCUGGUCCUUUUGGCGAGAUGUGGCACGCAGUUGGACCCAUUAUCCGCGAGUGUGCUCGCACUAGUCAUGCACAGCUCACACACAAUCAACCAUUGCCCAUUAUGCGAUACGGCUACAUGGAAGAGUCAUUCUUUACAUGGUCUUUCGUUCCAGUCUUUGGGGGUACUGAGCGGGUACUAGGGUUCUAUCUAAAUGCUUUCGACACAACAGUCGAAUCGAUCAGCAGCAGAAGGAUAGAAUUAUUGCGCUAUCUUGGCGAGUGCAUGAACGCGACACGCACUGUCAAGGAGUUCUGGGAAAGAGUUCUUGACGGUCUCAACCACAACGAAUACGAUGUUCCGUUUGCUCUCUUGUACUCCAUAUCCGACUCAGAAGAUACCGAUACUGCCCGGUCGCCUGCUUCAGAUGUUUCCACCUUUCCGAACAAAUUCUGCAUCCUAGAAGGAACAAUUGGGGUGCCAAGAGAUCAUAUAGCUUGUCCUGAGAAAUUCAACCUGAGAGAAAGCUACGACACUUUGACCUCAGCUUUCAGUGAAGCUACACAGACACUAGAACCCAAGAUGCUAUGCGCAACGCAAGGCUCGCUACCGGAGUCCUUACUGGAGGCUGUUCAGUGGAGAGGUUAUGAAGACCCGAGUAGAGAGGCAAUGAUCUUACCUCUUCGACCGACAAAUGCGGACAACACUUGCGCUUUAUUGUUGCUCGGCAUCAACCCUCGCAGAGCGUACGACCAGGAGUAUCGGACUUUCUUAGCCAUGCUCAACAGACAGAUUGCAACAUCUUUGGCAUCAGUUCUUCUAUUCGAAGAUGAGGUACGACGGAGCAAGCACGAAGUAGAGUUGGCUACGCUGCAAAAAGAACAACUAUCGCUACAGCUACGGCUCCAGACAACUCGAAUGCGCCGAAUGACCGAGUUAUCGCCCCUGGGUGUCUCACCCAAAGAAGCUGAAGAACCUUGGUCCGUUGAGAUGAUGAUGGGAGAUAGCCAAAGGGUCAGUCGGGAAAUGUGGGACUAUAUGGUGAAUGAGCACAAGCCGGCAAGUCGUGAGCUUCAGUUCGCCAACUCCAGAGUCCAGCCCAAAGAUAUUGACGGCCAACCUAUCGAGUACUGGGUCCUUGUAAACAGUCAACCCGAAAUAAAUGCCGACGGUGAUCUGGUCAGCAUAAUGGGCUCGAUUACGGACAUUUCCCAUCUCAAAUGGGCGCAAGGUCUACAAGAGAGGAGAUUACGAGAGGCUGAAGAGUCGAAGCGCCAACAAAAUGAAUUUAUCGACAUUACAUCGCACGAGAUGCGAAACCCACUUUCUGCUAUCCUCAUCUGCGCUGAUGACAUCCGAGAUACCCUGAAAAAGCACUGCUUUUCAACCGAAACCGACAAAAUAAUGGCAAAAGACUGUAUAGAAGCUGCCAACAACAUUGCUCUUUGCGUUCAACAUCAAAAAUCUAUUGUUGACGACAUCCUCACUGUCUCCAAACUGGACUCCAAUCUUUUGCGUAUAAUACCAAUGCCAUCACAGCCGAUCGUUGUGGUUCAGCGCUCUAUGGCCAUGUUUCGCCCAGAAGCACAUGCCAAGAAGAUAAGCUUCAAGUUCGACCCGCACCCUAGUCUGCAUGAACUUGACAUUGACUGGGUACUACUAGACCCGGGUCGGCUCCUUCAGAUCAUCGUCAAUCUCAUCACCAAUGCAAUAAAGUUUACUCAGGAUUCGCCAACCCGUUUGAUCACCGUCCAGGUCUCUGCACACAAAUAUCAGCCCAACUCUGAUACAUCUCGAGGAUUUGACUUUGUCCCACCAAGAAAUACAGUAACCGACAUGACAAGUGGUGAGUGCUGGGGCUCAGGUCCCCUCGUCUACCUUCAAUUUCAAGUGCGAGACACUGGAUGCGGACUCUCGCCACAGCAAAAGACCAUGUUGUUUGAGAAGUUCGCACAGGCCUCGCCACGGUCGCACGUGCAAUACGGCGGGAGUGGCCUAGGACUCUUCAUUUCACGUCAACUCGCUGAACUUCAUGGUGGCCAGAUCGGCUGUGCGUCAGAAGCUGGUGUCGGGAGUACCUUCGGCUUCUAUUUGAAGUGCAAACGCAUAUUGCCACAACGGCCUGCUCUACCUAGUAAUGCGCGCAGACACUCCUACGAACCCGAGCAACACGCAACAUUCUGUGAAUCGAUGGAAGCGACAGCUUCCAAGAUCGACGAGAAGCUUGUAAACGUGGCCCUAACGCAGCGCAUCGAGGAGUCCAAAGAGCUGGAAGCACCCCAAGAAUCAAAGGUAAUCCCAAGCCCGGAGGAUCCAAAGAAUGUAGAGUUACCCAAAAGUCCAAAUGACUCACCCAAUGAAACCUGCCUCCACGUCCUCGUCGUGGAAGACAAUCUCGUAAACCAAAAGGUGCUCUGCAAACAACUCACAAAAGCCGGCUGCCACAUCAGCACCGCUGACAACGGCGUCUGGGCCCUCAAGCACCUUGAAAAGACAAAUUUUCGCAACAAUACAAACGGCAUUCCACUCUCUAUCAUCCUCAUGGACUGCGAGAUGCCUGAGAUGGACGGCCUGACGUGCUGCAGAAAGAUACGGGAGAUGGAACAAAACGGUGAGUUGAACAGGCAUGUACCUAUCAUUGCAGUCACAGCGAAUAUCAGAGGUGGUCAGAUUGAUACAGCCAAGGAGGCAGGUAUGGACGAGGUUAUUGGUAAACCGUUCCGGAUUCCGGAUCUUUUGGCGAAGAUGAAGGGACUGUUAGAGAGGUUAGAGAGUUGA